AAGUUGCUUCUUUGUGAUUUCUGGUCAUAGGUUCAAGUCUCUCCAAUCCUCGCAAAAAUAAGAAAUCUUGUGCAGGAUUUGCUAUUUUAUAUUAGUAGAAAUUUAUAGUUAAAUGAAUAAGCCAAAGAAAAGAGAAGAAGAAAUUUAUAAUUAAAUUCCAUGCAUGCAAGAGAAUUAUAGGGAUCAGAACAAUAAACAACCUAAAUUGGAACUGUUCCAUUGACUCCAAAGUGAAUUGGUAGUAUUUUACGAAAAAAAAAAUGUUUCCAAGGAUUUAUACAUUUUUGAGCAACAAUGAGAUUCGGGGGCAUUGCCAGCCAUUAGUCCAUCACCAAUCAACUUCCAAGUCUCUCUCGAACAAUGCUCAAGGAACAUUAAAAAAAAAUGGAAAAACUCAUGUGCAUGCCACAUGGCUAGCAAGCUUGAAGAGCUUACUUUUAAUCACUUUCACGUCUUUCUUCUACCUCUUCUUACAGCAACAAAACGACAGCAAAAUCUCGCUCCUGUCUUCCUUCUUUUUUAUUGAUUUAUUUUUUUCCUCUCUCUUUCGCUGAAUCGUACGUAAGCUGAACCUCAAAAAUUUCUCAAAUGCAAACAGGAACAGCAGUUUCUUGUUGAUUUCUUGAUCUUCCUCGACAAUGGGAACCUGCACUUCGAAGCCUCCAAAACUAAACCCAUAUGCCUCAAGGGAGAACCAGCAGAAUGACUAUCCUGCCCCUACUCAACCACCGACUUUCCCUUCUCCUCCUCCUCCUCUCCCUCCAACCACGCCUUUCCUCCCCAUGUACACCCCAAGCCCUGCCCACCCGAACAAACCCAAGACUCCUUCAACUCCUCUCCGGUUGUUUGGGAGACCCUUUCCUCCUCCUUCUCCCGCCAAGCACAUCCGGGAAGUGCUGAGGCGGCGGAAGACUAACAAGAAAGCGGAAAAUGAGGCGAAAAUUGCGGAGCGAGAGGAGGAUGAGGAGGAAGGAAUUGAGUUGGAUAAAAGAUUUGGGUUUUCAGAGGACUUGAGGAGUAGGUUGGAAGUAGGAGAGGAAGUUGGCAGAGGGCAUUUUGGCUAUACUUGUUCUGCAAAGUUCAAGAAAGGUGAGUUCAAAGGCCAGCAGGUUGCUGUUAAAGUCAUCCCCAAAUCCAAGAUGACAACAGCUAUUGCAGUUGAGGAUGCGAGAAGGGAGGUGAAGAUUUUGCGAGCCUUGACAGGACACAACAAUCUAGUGAAAUUCUAUGAUGCAUUUGAAGAUCAUGAUAAUGUUUAUAUAGUAAUGGAGUUGUGUGAAGGAGGUGAGCUUUUGGAUAGAAUACUUGCAAGGGGUGAAAAAUACUCAGAAGACGAUGCAAAGGCUGUAAUGGUACAGAUACUAAAUGUUGUUGCUUUUUGUCAUCUUCAGGGUGUGGUGCAUCGAGAUCUUAAACCAGAGAACUUUCUAUAUAUGUCCAAGGAGGAGAACUCUCUGCUGAAGGCCAUAGACUUUGGCUUGUCAGAUUUUGUCAGACCAGAUGAAAGACUUAAUGACAUUGUGGGAAGUGCAUACUAUGUGGCCCCUGAAGUUCUACAUAGAUCUUAUAGUACAGAAGCUGAUGUUUGGAGUAUGGGCGUGAUAGCAUAUAUCCUUUUAUGUGGUAGUCGUCCAUUUUGGGCUAGGACUGAGUCUGGAAUUUUUCGAGCUGUCCUAAAAGCUGAUCCUGCUUUUAACAAAGCUCCUUGGCCUUCCUUGUCUUCAGAAGCUAAGGACUUUGUUAAGCGCCUUUUGGAUAAGGACCCCAGGAAAAGAAUGACAGCAGCUCAGGCGCUGAGUCAUCCUUGGAUCCAGAACCAUAAUGAUGUUAAGGUGCCUCUUGAUAUUUUAGUAUUUAGGCUUAUGAAGGCAUAUAUGCGAUCAUCAACUUUGAGGAAGGCUGCUUUAAAGGCACUGUCGAAGACAUUGACUGUGGACGAACUCUUUUACCUGAGAGAGCAAUUUGCAUUAUUAGAGCCCAAAAAUGGUAACAUAACCCUCGAGAAUAUUAAGAAGGCCCUGAUGAAAAAUGCAACAGAUGCAAUGAAGGAGUCUCACAUUCCUGAUUUUCUUUUCUCACUAAAUGCACUUCAAUACAGAAGAAUGGAUUUUGAAGAAUUUUGUGCAGCUGCAUUAAGUGUCCAUCAGCUUGAGGCACUUGAUCGUUGGGAACAAAAUGCCCGCUGUGCAUAUGAGCUUUUUGAGAAGGAUGGAAACAGGGCUAUUGUCAUUGAGGAGCUCGCAUCUGAACUUGGUGUUGGACCCUCUAUUCCAGUUCAUGCAGUUCUUAAUGACUGGAUAAGGCACAACGAUGGGAAGUUGAGUUUCCUUGGGUUUGUGAAAUUGUUGCGUGGUCCAUACAGUCGAGCCCUCGCAAAGGCACAAUGAUGUCACAUGAUUGAUCUUUCUAAAUUUGCGAGACUCGGGAGGCAUGGUUCCUACAUCCAGCUUCAGCUCAGAUUUUGAGGCUUCAACUUUAUGCCAUUUCUUUGAGUUUGAAAGUUAUGGGAUCAUUUGAAACGCGCAAGGAUAUCAUUAAUAUGGCAAGUUUGAUGUAAAGAA